AAAGAGGACCCGACCCCAGCUGCCUCAGACCCAGGCCGCCCCUCCAUGUGUCCCGGCGCGUGCGCGUCACCGGCUCGGGCACCACGUGCUUGUCCCCGGAGGUCCUGCCGAAUCUGGGCUGGGACAGAAGAGACCACGGGGAGGAGGAGGAGGAGGAGGAGGAGCUGCAGGCUCUCUAAGGCUGCGCUCCGAGUCUGUUUCCCCUCUGAGACUCGGGGAUACGGCGAGCGCCGCUGCGAGGCGGGGUGUGAGGGAUCCGAAGAAACGCCCGGCACGCCUGUGCGCAGGAGUCGCUGUCAUGGUUAAUCCCGGGCACAGGUGCAGCUCAGAGACAGCUGCCGCCAAAGCCCGUGGGUCUUGAGGACCAGGUCUUAAUCCGCAGUUACCCUGGAUUUACGUUGGAGGAUCUCACCCUCACCUCUGCCGAUUCGAAGUGCAGCUGGAGGCCAGGAGAUAGCUGCCGUGUGAUCAGCUGCCCUUGUUCCCCGUGGACCACACUGCAGCCCACAGAGUCAGGCUCUUUGGGGUGACAUCUACGGUACCAAAUGAGAUGUGGAGACUCCACCUGCACUUCCGCUUGCCCAGCUGCUAGGUGUUCUCCCACAUGCCCAGGCAGUCAUGAUUGCCCUAAGGACCUGUUCGUGCCCCGGAGGGCACCGGCACCCUCCCCUCCCUUCCUUCCCUCAGGCCUUCUCACAUCAGGUCUUCCUGUGGGCUGGCUCUGCUUGCUGUGGAGAGGCCUCCUCCAUCCCACCUGUAUGUGGCCCACGUGAGCCCCAGUUAAGCUCAUGCAGACCACUGGUUCCUUGCCCUAUUGUGACAGUGCUCCACAGAGUGACGGCGCAGAUGACAGAAGAGUGCGCCUGGCCUGCAGGCUUGGUGGCAGCAUGACGAGCGAAGUGAUCGAGGACGAGCAGCAGUUCUACUCCAGGGCCGAGCUGUACUGGAAGCAGGUCCCACCCACGGUGGACGGCAUGCUCGGCGGGUACGGCCACAUCUCCAGCAUCGACCUCAGCAGCUCCAGGAAGUUCCUGCAGAGGUUCCUGCGGGAAGGCCCCAAUAGGCCAGGAACGUCCUGUGCCCUGGACUGUGGAGCAGGCAUCGGGAGAAUCACCAAGCGGCUGCUGUUGCCGCUCUUCGAGGUGGUGGACAUGGUGGACGUCACAGAGGACUUUCUGGCCAAGGCUAAGACCUACCUGGGGGAGGAGGGCAAGAGGGUGAGGAACUACUUCUGCUGUGGCCUACAGGACUUCAGCCCCGAGCCUGGCUCCUAUGAUGUCAUCUGGAUCCAGUGGGUGAUAGGCCACCUGACUGACCAGCACCUGGCUGCGUUCCUGCGGCGCUGCCAGCGUGGGCUGCGCCCCAAUGGCCUCAUCGUCAUUAAGGACAACAUGGCUCAGGAAGGCGUGAUUCUGGAUGACGUGGACAGCAGCGUGUGCCGCGACCUCGAGGUGGUCCACAGGAUAGUACACGGUGCAGGACUCCGGCUCCUGGCUGAGGAGAGGCAGGAGAACCUCCCAGAUGAGAUCUACCACGUGUACAGCCUGGCGCUGAGAUGAGCAACGCGGGCUUGCAAUGCCGGACCUAGCCUGGUGGGGCCAGCAGCUGGCGGGCUGGGCUGUGCCCACAGCUUGGGUGUGGAGAGCCUUAAUACACUUGUCCCACCCACCGGGCAGACUCCUCUUCUUCCCGGGCAGCAGGCAGGGGACGGUGCUGGGGGAGAGGCCAGGGCUCCAUCCGUGCAUCCAGUGCCCCCUGUGCAGGUUCAGGGCCUUAGGCCUGGCUGCCCUUCGCGUGCUUGUGCGGACCGCAGGUGCAGAAGGUGUGGUCGGUGCCCGGGGAGGCAUGCGCCCGGCUGGACACCUGUGCCUCCUACCCAGGGCCAGCCCGGCAUGGCCCCUGCCCUGUGGUGCUGCUCAUGUUGCACGUCCUUCUGGUGAUGGGGUUCUCUUGUCUAAGGGGUGGUCACUGCAGCCUGUGGCUAGGGGAGGUGUAGCUUCCUCCACUAUGCUUGAGGGCUCCCCUUGGGUGGACGCUUUCAGUCAGAAAUAAAGGGGUCCCUGUACCGUC